ACGUUGAAGGGCCCGCAUAUCAUUUCAGUUGAAAUGAUCAAUGCACGUCAUGCAGGUAUACAGACCCUACAGAUUACACUUGUGAUUUGCUUCUGAGUGUAAACAACGGUUAAGCUUUAAUUUUCCUUCGCAGUCAGCACCAUGAGCACAGUGAGCACCAGAACAGCCGAACACAGCGUCUCACAGUGAUUGUUUAAAUUAAUAUAAUGAACUAAAGACUAAACACAUGACGCUGCUGUGUUUAGCUUUCUUGUCAUUAUUGGGCCAUGUGACUUUCAUUCUUAUUCACUGAUAUUUUGGAGAAGUCACAUUCAACAAAUUUACCUUUAUUAUCUCUAAUUAGCUAAGUAAUAGCUAUCUAGCUAAGACAGGGGUGUCCAAUCUUAUCCAUUUAGAUUUAUUCGCUGGUACGGCUGUGAGUCUUCACUCCAACAAAGCAGAAGCUCACAUGACCAGCUGUCUGAAGAAGGACACUAACUGAUUAAACAAGUGGAAGCGGGUAUGCUCCUCUUUGUUUGCAAUGAAAACCUGCGGCCUUACUGGCCCUUUGCGGAUAAGACUGGACACCAGAAUAAAUCUAAAGCUUAAUGAACUAGGUUAUAAACAUGCUUAAUUGUACUGCUUACACAGAAGUUGGCUAUUUUGAUCAAAAAUGGCAGUAAUUUUAUAAGACUAAUUUUGGUUGUAAUGGAGAUUUUACAUAAUCAGGAGGAGAUUUUAAACCUGCUGAAAUUAUACUCCGCCCCCUUAUCAACAACCCCCUCUUAUCAAAAGCCGAAAUGGCGAGAGUAAUCUGUAGUGUCCAUAUGCCUGUGUGACGCGCGUGCAUGCAAAGAGGGGUUGGAUUCUUCAGGGGGGGCUGAAAUUUGGCACAACACCCCCCUUACAUGGCAGGAGUCCAGUGUGGGUCAGGGACACACACAGACAUUUUUUAGGGGUCGGUUGCUCUAACCUGCAAAAAAAGUCUGCAGAUGCUCAGCAUGCUCACCCUCACUCUCUGGUGUGGAGCCUUGUGGUUGGACCUCAUCUUAAAUUGAAUCAUGAGAAUAAGAAUUAAGAAUACCAUUGUCCACAGCACUUUCCACAGCAUGGUAGAACUACUGUUUAAAAUAGCACCUUACCAUACCGCAAAGUAUAUAUACUUUGCCGGUUCAACAAUUCUAAUCAUUUCAAUUCUGAAUGUCAGACUAAAUCGUCAACUUUUAAAUCUCACUGCAAAAAAAAAAUAAAACAACUGAAUACUUUAGUGUAGCCAACUGAAUUUUUGUGGACAUGAUGCUGACAGUGGCUUGACUCAGUGAUUCCAGGUGAAGCCCAGGGAUUAGACUGGAACAGGCUAUAUCUAAUUUGGCAAUUACAAAAUGUCAUAUAGUAUUUCAUUAACAUAUUUUCUGCCUUACCAUCCCAAAUUUUACAAUAGCUAUUAGAAGUAUUUUACUUGAUCUUGAGACUCUCCAGCACUCUCUGAACUGAAGCUUAUGGAGUUAGCCCCCUGCAGAAAAGCACUCCCUUUAACAGUGUGAUAAAGAUGAAACAAAUUCACGUUACUACUGUGCACAGAUAUCAUACGCUGUGUAUUUAUCAUUAAUUGAAAUAUUCAGUUUUAAUUAGUUAUUAGCCUAUUUCCAACCUUAAAAAUGCUUCUGAGAAAACAGUCCUAUUUCACAUUUAACUGAUUAUGUUGAAAAUGGUUGCUUGACAUUUCUAUCAUAAUUCUCCACCUGUUGACCUGCUCUGCUAAGUUGCCCUCCCCUUAGCUCUUUCUCUGUUUAAUUCCCCUCCGUUUGGAAGGCAUUGUCUACCAUAAGCACCCAAAAUUAACAUUACAUUAAAAACACAUGCAUUCUAUUUAACCAAUCUGAACAUUACAAGUUAUCACUUCAUAAUGAAAAACAAGGAAAAUGUUAUCAGUUACAUGUUUGUUUGCUGAAAAUGUAUCACAACCUGAAUGAAGCAUGUUUAAGGACACAGCUAGCAGCUCAUGUCACAAGCUAUAAAGACGCCAACGCCCACGUUAGUUUAUUUCAUGCCGCAAGCUAACGUGGUCGUUAACUUCUUUUAGGCUAACAUUAGCCACGUUAGCAUGCGCUAUGAGAAAAGCUAACAUUAGCUUCGUUCAUAUAGCUGCUUCAUCUGUUAGCCAGCUAGCUAGCUAAAAUUAGUUCAUGUCAUAGCAUUAUAUAAGGCAAUAUUACCCCAAGUGAUGCAAAUGUGACAGGCCGCGCAUUGUUCUGAGACAUACGUGUUGAUUUUUAUUCACAGGGAGCCACGCUGGUUAUACCGUUCUUCGUUAAUCGUAUCGGCAGCUUCAAAACACUCACCUAAGGCUCCAGUGUCAGAUGACGAGGCAGCGCUCUCAGAUAACCAGCAUGGGCAUAAGUGCAAGAUAGAAAGGCAUUAUAAAGACAUGACUUUCAGACAUUUAUUUCAGGUUGAAGUGACAGUUAAUUGUAAAUUUGUAUAAAUAAAAUACGACCCCCUUAUUCAUUUUUUGUUUAUCAUUUAAUUUUUAUAAAUAGUCUGUGAAACUAAACAACGAAGUUAUUUCUUGAUUUUACCACUUACAAUAACAGAACCAAACACGGGAAUUGAGUCAUUUUCGUACUUUUUUAUGGUUUUUGAUAUUUAAUCUCCAGUGUGCCGGGUGACGGGCGGAAGUGGCGGCAGGACCAGUCUCUCCACCGGCAGUGCUAUUAGCGCCCGGCACCGCACCGGCACUUUCAGUGGGCCGUUAUGGCUCCAGUGAACGAGUGCUACCUGAGAGGAGCCUCGAGGGCUGAAGAUGAGCUUAAUCGACGCUUCACUGCUGCUACCCAGUGUGUCUUUAGCUACUCAACCCUCCUCGAAUACUUGUGGCGAUUGACGAUGGGCAACAGACGUUGAAGCUGGGGAACAGCAAGCCAACUUAAGCCUUGUCAGUGGUACAAACUGAAAAUCUCCAAGCGUCAAUCGCGGCUCCUCUCCGGUAGCGGUCGCUAGUAACACGGUGAAGUAGCGGUGUAGUGGCUGGUCCUACCGUCACGAGAGCUGCCACCUACGGCCGUCACCCGGCACGCAGAGGAUUAACCCUCUCUCGGAAUAAAUAAAUAGAUCAAAAUAAAGUUCGGCCCAUGGUCCGUUAUUUCUUUUCCUAUUUUUGAUUUGAGCGUAGAAUCAAAAGUACAAAAAACAAACCGUUAUUUUUUUGUAUGAAAUUCCUAAACGAAUAACGAAAUAACGAAUUGUUUUAUCAUUUUCCGACUUUGGAUUCUCAGUUAAAUAUGAAAAGAACGAAUGAUACACGGAUUUACACGGACCUAUAUUGAGAUAAUAUAGUUAACUAUAUUUUAUUUGAUGUGUGAUCAUUUAAAUGGAUUGAAAUGUAUAAUUCUGUAAAAUAUUUGUAUUGUCGUUAUUUGUAAAGUUGAAAUACUAGCAGUGAAGUGAGAAACACAGGCAGCGAAAAGCGUCUCUGUUUUGAUGUGACGUAAAAUUGAGGCGACGUGUCUCAGUCCGAAAACCAACCAAGAUGGCAGCUCACGUAGGAAAGAAGCGUGGCUUGGAGCAUUUAGACCAAUAUGAGCCAAAACCAGCCAAACAGCAGCGAAGCCUCCACGAGAAAAUGACAGAGAAGCGAUUAGUUGUAAUUUUGGAAGGAGCUACGCUGGAAACCGUAAAGGUUGGUAAAACAUUUGAGCUGCUGAACUGCGACCAGCAUAAGAAUAUGAUAAUAAAAAACGGAAGGGACCCUGGCAAUGUUCGGCCGGAUAUCACACAUCAGUGCCUGCUUAUGUUAAUGGACAGCCCGUUGAACAGAGCAGGACUGCUGCAAGUAUACAUUCACACAGAGAAGAAUGCUCUCAUCGAGAUCAAUCCUCAAACACGGAUUCCCCGCACCUUCCCUCGCUUCUGUGGACUUAUGGUGCAGCUCCUGCAUAAGUUGAGUGUCAGAGCAGCUGAUGGUCCUCAGCGCUUGCUAAGACUGAUUAAAAACCCGGUUUCAGACCACCUGCCUCCAGGCUGCCCACGUUUUGCCACAUCUUUCAAAACAGGAGACGCAGUCUGUCCUAGAACCGUUGUCCCUAAAGAUGGUCCUGCUGCUAUUGUUAUAGGGGCUUUUGCACAUGGAGCAGUUAAUGUGGACUACACCGAGAAGACAGUGUCCAUCAGUAACUACCCUCUGUCUGCUGCCCUGACGUGCGCCAAAAUAUGCUCUGCCUUUGAGGAGGUCUGGGGGGUGUUGUGACCAAAAAAGAAACAACGCAGGGCCUUUGACUUUAGGUCAAAGUGUGCAUUCUAUGGUCACUUGCAGUGCAACUCUUCACUCCCUUUUAUCUGAAGCUGAGCAUUUGUAAUUGUGCUGGUGUCAUAUCUGAGAGCUGUACAUUUGUAACAGCACAUCACUCAUCAUAUGCCUUAUCUGGACAUCCUACAGAAAUAAUGUUUUCUAUCUUUCUGAAUUAGUUUGUUACAUUUUCGUUCAUGUUCAAAAUAUGGAAUAUUUUCAGUGUACAAAUAAUAAACCUUAAUUUGAAGGGUAUUCUUUA